GAUGCUGUGAAGUUGCCAAAGUGAAUGAGCGCUUUUGACGCCCUGGAGAACAGCAGAGUUUACGUGUGGCGCGCGCUGAUUGCUCGGUAGGAGGCGGGCACGCGCUCUGUCACCGGGCGGGCGGAGUUCCCGGCUUGUCGCGCGCUUCAAAGCGCAAGCUCGGAGAAAAAGCCGCGGGACUUUUCCGCCAGGCAGCCUUUCCAGUGCCAGUGCGCUGAUCCGGGCAGUGCGUACGGGACUCCCACAGAUCAUCAAGACACGACUAUUUACAACCGGCCUGACAACAUAUGGAUGCGUUAAACGGCGGAUACUGAAUUUCCAAAAAAUAAAUAAAAAUAAAUAAAUAAAAACCAUUUCCUGUGAAGUGCAGGAAAACGACCUGGGAAGAGGAUGAGCUUAGGAAUACACAUGCCAUAGACUCGUUCAACACGGAGUGCUGGUGUAAAAACCCUCGGGCGCUUUUUUGUUUGUUUUUGUUUAUUUUUGUGUGUCGUCCUCGCAAUGCUUGUGCGCCGUAGCGGUCCGGUGGCGUGCGCUCGCGCUCCAAGGCGCGGACACAAGCGCGUGGACAGUGAGGAGAUCGCGGCCAAAAAACCGAGACUGAGCGAGUGUGUCGGGGGAGACACGGCUCUUUUCCUGGCCGCCUCACCGGUGUCUCCGCACAGCGGGAGCGCAGUGUCGGUGUGCGCGGCCGCGGGGCCGUCCCGCAUCGGCCAGUACCUGCUCCUGCCCUCGGUGGACCCGGCCGCCGCACACAGCGCGUGGGACAUGGACACCGGUGAGGAGCUCGUGUGCAAGGUGUUUGAUAUGGGCCAGUACCAAGAGAAGAUCAGAGCUUACAGCGUGCUGCCAAGACACAGGAAUAUCGGCCAGAUCAAAGACAUUAUCCUCGGGGAACGCAAGGCCUAUGUGUUCCAAGAGAAGGACUACGGCGACAUGCACACUUUCGUGAAGAGCUGCAAGCGUCUGCCUGAAGAGCAAGCCUCAAAGCUUUUUUAUCAGAUAGCCUCCGCAGUGGCUCAUUGCCACCAGAAUGGCAUAGUGCUGGGAGACUUAAAGCUCCGCAAGUUCGUGUUUGCAGAUGAGAAGAGGACCCAUUUAAAGCUAGGAGGCCUGGAGGACUGCCGGAUCCUGUCCAGUGAGGACGAUUCCAUUUCGGACACACACGGCUGCCCAGCUUAUGUCAGUCCAGAAAUCCUGAGCGGUGCAGGAAGCUACUCAGGGAAGCGAGCCGAUGCUUGGAGCCUGGGCGUAAUGCUCUACACAAUGCUGGCAGGCCGCUACCCAUUCCAUGACUCAGACCCAGCCACGCUGUUCUCCAAGAUACGCCAUGGUGCCUACGGCCUACCCGAGGGCCUCUCAGCGCGGGCGCGCUGCCUCGUGCGAAGCCUCCUGCGCAGGGAGCCCAGUGAGAGGCUGAGUGCCACCGACGUGCUCCUCCACCCAUGGUUCCGCUGUGGCACUGAACACGACAUCGACGAACAAGAUGUCACCUUGGCUGAGCAGAGAGUACCUCAGGUGCACAUAGAGUUGAACGAGCAUCUCUUCUGCUGACAAAAACUUCUCAAAUGCUCUGAUUUGGACCAAAACCAGCUCCUUUCCUGAUGAAACUACACCAUGGUUCAAAUUCAAAACUGAAUGGUUCUUUAAUUUAGAGCGGGACAAGCAGCUAUUCUGUGGAUGAGACCUCCCCAGUGGUUUGGAUUUGAGACAAAAACUCAGAUGUGCUCUUACGGGUUCUUAAAUUUUAGACUUGGGCACAGCCGUGAUUUACGGGCUCUAAAAUGUUAGUCCUCAAUGCUUUGGAUUUGGACCAAAAACUGUUUGACACACCCUUAUGGAUCCUUAAAUUUUAGACUCGGGAACACUUGUUAAUGUUAAUUUAUGUGUUCUUUAAAGUGUAUGCACUUGUGUAUGUGCUCAAAGUGCCAUAUUGUCUGUGUUAGGUUAAGAGGCUUGACGCGCAUUGGUUGGUGUACAAUGAAGUGAUUUUGGUGCUAAUGACCUCCUUUAUCCUGCUGUAUGAAGUGAGCAUUGAGGCAUGGAAACUACAAGGCUGUCAUAAAGAUGACAAACCCCAGCUGAGUCCUGAGGACUCUAAAUGUAUUAACUAAAGAGGGGGAAGGGAACAUGAGCCUGAACUGUAGAUCUGCUCACGCUGUCCAAUACCAAGGAAUUCACUAACUCACAUGCUGACUACAACAGCACCAAAAUGAGCAUGGACGCAAAUAUAUAUCUACAUUGAGGUGAAUACGUGGCAUCAUAACUCUCCAAAAGGUGCGAAAGGAGUGAAAUAAAGGCCAGUCUCUGACCUCUGGGUCUCGCAAUGCUUUUGUGGGCAAUAGUUGACCAUUGCAACUACUAGUAUUGGAUUAACCCUUGUCUAAAGCAUAUUGCAUCCACUUUUCAGAAGCCUCUCAUUUGUAAGUCAUUUCCUGUAUGAUGUUUGACCCACGUACUACAAAGUAUAUGUGUUGAGAUGUUAUAUAAUGUUAACCUCUAGCCAGUAAACAAAUUUAUUCUUCAAAGUGUAAGACUAUUUAACUAGAUAUUGAAGGACACUGAAGGACAUAAGUACCAUAUCCAUAUUCAUAGCAAAUGCAACAUUUCUUUACUUGAAUUAGUAAAAGAUGGUGCUUUUAGCACAGCUGGCAAGGUCAUCUGUAGUCUUGACAAAGAAGUGAAUUAAGCUGAGAUUAUUCUGAUUAACGUGGGAGGUUUUUUUGCUUUUUUUUUUUUUUUUUUUUUUACUUUUGAUCUACUGUAAUCCAAGGUGACUAAUAAAGCCACAAUAACUCCGCUGAAAGGGUAGCACCUAUUUUUGGAGGCUCUAAUGUUUCCUCCCCCUCUGUUGCAGGAAGUUGUACUGUAUGUUACCUCUGAGGCAAAGUGCUGGGCUCAAAACAAUGUCCAUGCUUUGAGAGUGAUGACACGGGUGUGCAAAGUUCAUAUUGCACUGUGAAUUCUGUAUUUUAUGACACAGCCUCAAGGUUAAACAAUGAGGCCCUAACGUAAAAUAUUAAUUGUAAAAGGAAAAUGUGUAAAUAUGUACAUAUUAUAAGUGUGUGAACAGAUUGAAUAAAGAUGACCUUUUUUUCCA